AGCAAAAUCAGUAAAUUAAAAAGUUUGUUGGUUAUGGUUUGUUGAUAUUUCGAAAAAUAAAAGUUGACUUGAUUCAAAAUAAAGAUGUUGGAAAAUGUAAAACGUGUUAUAUUAGUUCUAUCUGGUAAAGGAGGUGUGGGAAAAUCUACAGUCAGCACACAACUAGCGCUAACAUUAAAAGAAAGAGGUUAUAAGGUUGGAUUACUCGACAUUGACCUAUGUGGCCCCAGUGUACCUUACAUUUUAAAUUUGGAAGACCAAAACAUUCACCAAGGGCAAGGAUCAGAGGGUUGGAUUCCUGUAUAUUUGGAUAAAGAACAAAGACUUGGUGUCAUGUCUAUAGGCUUUUUAUUGAAGUCUCGCAAUGAUGCUGUUGUGUGGAGAGGGCCUAAGAAGACUUCCAUGAUCAAGCAGUUCUUGGAAGAUGUGUACUGGCAGGAUUUGGAUUUCCUAGUGAUAGAUACACCCCCAGGAACAUCAGAUGAGCAUAUAACAGUAAUGGAGAACCUCCGGAAUGUGCCACAGUGUUCCGCCAUACUGGUGACUACUCCACAGGAAGUCGCAAUAGAGGAUGUGCGGAAAGAGAUCACUUUCUGCAGGAAAACGGGCAUUCCUAUCAUGGGCAUCAUUGAGAAUAUGAGUGGGUACGAAUGUCCAUCAUGCAGUGAAUGCACAAACAUAUUUUCAAGUGGCGGCGGGAAGUCCCUGGCAGAGCUAUCCAAGUUACCUUUCCUAGGUUGCAUCCCCAUAGACCCUAGAGUAGGGGCUUUGGCGGGAAAAGGUGUUGCCGCCGUCAAAGAGUUGCCAGAAUCAAACACCAGUCGAGUGUUCAGUGAUUUAGUUGUAAGAAUUAAUGAAACUAGCUCAAAUGGCUCAUAGAAUUAAGUUAUUAAAUAUAAUGUUGUACUUAUACAAUUUUUAUGUAAAUAAUUGUUCAGAAUAAAUAGUAU